AUGACAUCGACGGGGAAGGACGGCGGCGGGGCGCAGCACGCGCAGUAUGUGGGGCCCUACCGGCUGGAGAAGACGCUGGGCAAGGGGCAGACAGGCCUCGUGAAGCUGGGGAUUCACUGUGUCACGUGCCAGAAGGUGGCUGUCAAGAUCGUCAACCGCGAGAAGCUCAGCGAGUCUGUACUGAUGAAGGUGGAGCGGGAGAUCGCCAUCCUGAAGCUGAUCGAGCACCCCCAUGUCCUCAAGCUGCAUGACGUCUAUGAAAACAAAAAAUAUUUAUACCUGGUGCUAGAACACGUGUCUGGUGGGGAGCUCUUCGACUACCUUGUCAAGAAGGGGAGGCUGACCCCCAAAGAGGCUAGAAAGUUCUUCCGGCAGAUCAUCUCUGCGCUAGACUUCUGCCACAGUCACUCCAUAUGCCACAGGGAUCUGAAACCAGAAAACCUUCUGCUGGACGAGAAGAAUAACAUCAGGAUCGCAGACUUCGGCAUGGCGUCGCUGCAGGUUGGCGACAGCCUGCUGGAGACUAGCUGCGGGUCCCCCCACUAUGCCUGCCCGGAGGUGAUCCGGGGAGAGAAGUACGAUGGCCGCAAGGCAGACGUGUGGAGCUGCGGCGUGAUUCUGUUCGCCCUGCUUGUGGGGGCGCUGCCCUUCGACGACGACAACCUGCGGCAGCUGCUGGAGAAGGUGAAGCGGGGAGUGUUCCACAUGCCGCACUUCAUCCCGCCCGACUGCCAGAGCCUGCUGCGCGGCAUGAUCGAGGUGGACGCCACGCGGCGCCUCACGCUAGAGCACAUUCAGAAACACAUUUGGUAUAUAGGAGGCAAGAACGAGCCUGAGCCGGAGCAGCCCAUCCCCCGCAAGGUGCAGAUCCGCUCGCUGCCCAGCCUGGAGGACAUCGACCCCGACGUACUGGACAGCAUGCACUCGCUGGGCUGCUUCCGGGACCGCAACAAGCUGCUGCAGGACCUGCUGUCCGAGGAGGAAAACCAGGAGAAGAUGAUUUAUUUCCUCCUCCUGGACCGGAAAGAAAGGUAUCCGAGCCACGAGGACGAGGACCUGCCGCCCAGGAACGAGAUAGACCCUCCCCGGAAGCGCGUGGACUCCCCAAUGCUGAACCGGCACGGCAAGCGGCGGCCUGAGCGCAAGUCCAUGGAGGUGCUGAGCGUGACGGACGGCGGCUCCCCGGUGCCUGCGCGGCGGGCCAUCGAGAUGGCCCAGCACGGCCAGAGGUCUAGGUCCAUCAGCGGCGCUUCCUCAGGCCUCUCCACCAGCCCACUCAGCAGCCCCCGGGUGACCCCUCACCCCUCUCCGAGGGGCAGUCCCCUCCCUACCCCCAAGGGGACGCCUGUGCACACGCCCAAGGAGAGCCCAGCCGGCACGCCCAACCCCACGCCACCGUCCAGCCCCAGCGUGGGAGGGGUGCCCUGGAGGACACGGCUCAACUCCAUCAAGAACAGCUUCCUGGGGUCACCCCGCUUCCACCGCCGGAAACUGCAAGUUCCGACGCCCGAGGAGAUGUCCAACCUGACCCCGGAGUCGUCCCCAGAGCUCGCCAAAAGGUCCUGGUUUGGGAACUUCAUCAGCCUGGAGAAGGAGGAACAGGUCUUCGCGGUCAUCAAGGAUAAGCCGCUGAGCUCCAUCAAAGCCGACAUCGUCCACGCCUUCCUGUCGAUCCCCAGCCUCAGCCACAGCGUCAUCUCCCAGACGAGCUUCCGGGCCGAGCACAAGGCGACGGGGGGCCCGGCGGUGUUCCAGAAGCCGGUCAAGUUCCAGGUGGACAUCACCUACACCGAGGGCGGGGCAGCGCAGAAGGAGAACGGCGUCUACUCCGUCACGUUCACGCUCCUGUCAGGCCCGAGCCGCCGCUUCAAGAGGGUCGUGGAGACCAUUCAGACCCAGCUGCUGAGCACACACGAGCAGCCUUCUGCCCAGCACUUGUCAGACACCACUAACUGUAUGGAAAUGAUGACGGGGAGGCUUUCCAAAUGUGACGAGAAGAACGGGCAGGCGGCCCAGGCCCCCAGCACGCCCGCCAAGCGGAGUGCCCACGGCCCACUCGGGGACUCCGCGGCCGCUGGCCCCGGCCCUGGAGGGGACGCCGAGUACCCAGCGGGCAAGGACACGGCCAGGACGGGGCCGCCCGCCGCCCGCCGAGAGCAGCCUUAGACACAUAGCCCCCUCCCCCUGCACGGCCCCGACAGUGGCCCCCAGGCCGCCUCACCGCCCGCUCGCCCGCCCGCCGCCCGCCCGGUGUGGACCCGGGGCCGCGCCCGUCUGUCCGUCUAGACUGUUGCGAAGCCGGGGAGGAAAGGAAAGGGGGCACCGGGGGCCACAGCCGCGGCUGGGCCGUCCGCGCCCGCUCUCUCUUUCUCUCGCUGUCUCUCUCUCUGCCUGUCUCUGACAACGCCACUGUUUCCGCUCUGAUACCAGGAAUUAUCCCGAAAAGUUAACAUGUCAUCUCCACGAGGCCGUCCUCCGUGCUCUGCACCGGACACCGGCUGACCGAAGGCAGCUGCCGUGGACCUGCCCUCUCUCCUCUCCUGCUGCUGCCGCCCACUGGGCAGUGAGGUCCUGCCCGCCCGCCAGCUCUGCCCAGUUUCAGCUCCGCAUGGCCACGGGGAGGAGGACCCGGCCCCGAGGGGAAGCCGCCUCGGGCCCACCCGACUGGACGCGCGGCGACCAGUGCCCCCGGCGGGUCCGGCCGGCCUCUGGGGCAGGCCCAAGGGGGCGAAGCAGCCGUCUGGCCCGGCCGCCACGGCCUCUCCUCGGCACGUCCCCUCCUUGCUGCUCCCUCCUCGUCCACGUCCAUGCACCUCAGCGCCGCCCACCUGCCUCGCCGCAUCCCACCCCCCAGCUCCCCGGGGCUGCAGGUGGAAAGCAACCCUGGGGGCCCCGCAGCACCUGCCCACCUGCCCACCCGCCCGCCCCAGGGCAGGCCGAGAUCAGUAUCAUUCACUUGCUGUUUUAACUUACUGAGUUUCUUUACUUCUCCGUUCAGGGAAGGGGCAGCAGCAGCGCCGUCCUGCCGUCUGUCUGUCUGUCUGUGUGUGUGUCUUGGGCAGGGUGGGGUCUGGGCCAAGGUGCCCCGUGGACAGAGCGGUCAGGGUGCUGGGGCCGCGGGGGCAGCCGGCCGAUGCAGCGCCGGCAAGCUACUGUAAACUUUAAAG